AUGUUAGAGAUUGAUGCACGACGUAAAUACAACUAUAUCCCAGCUCUUCUCGAUUCCGGCACAGUUUUCGCCGAUUCCAGCAAGUUCCGGCAGGUUCCUUGCCGCCGGAUUCCGGCCGGAAUUGCACAGGAAAUAUCCGAUCAGUUCCUGGCCGGAACCGACCGUGCCAUAAUAACCUGGGAAGUCGAAAGCUUGCCGUCAUCUAUUUCACCACCACCUGCACCGAGUCCAGCGCAAGUGAUCGCAAAUGAACCACAAUUGGAUGAGCAGGGUAGUCUGAUUGAAACACUGUUAAUGGAACAACAAAAAUUGGCUAUUGAACAUAAGAGAAACUGGUUAUUUGGAGAGGCACGAGGUGCUGCUGAUAAAAUGGAUAGAAUUCAUAGCGUGUUCGCACUGAUGGCCGAAUGGGGGGUAAUGCUCUUACCCAGGACGAUGAUUCCUGAAGCAGGAUUCCAUGAAUUUCCGACAAAAUCCCUGAGGAAACUCGCCAUUUCUGAGCGGGAUCCGCUCAUCGGGAAUGCUGCUUCUAUGAAAUCUCCGGAAUACCAUGGAACCGGCCGUUUCCGUGCCGGAUUGUUCGACCUGGGUACUGGUGUUAUCAUUUAUACAAGUGGAGAAAAAUAA